AUUUUGCAUAGUUUCCUUUUCAACCAAUCAGUUUAUGUCAAGUGCUUGAUGACGUGGGACAUCCUUUUUUCACUACAAUAAAUAAUACUGAGUUGACGUUAAUUUUUUUACUGGUCAGUGGCAGAGUGUGAGGUCUUACCAGAACAGAAAAAAAUCCAGAACAAUUAAUGGAUAGAAUGGAAAUUGAUGACACCUUAUUAUAUAUGGACGGCAAUCUGAUUACUCAAGUGAAUUUUCGCAGAAGAAACCAGAUCCUCAGAUGUGUCACUGUGUGCCUCGGAUUACUGUGUGCUGUCCUGUUGUGCAGUAACAUAGGUCAAUUUAUAUUCUAUGAGAUCAUCAAUCCUUCAUCAGGGGACCAAACACAGCCAUAUUACAAUACACUCACUCAAGAAAAGGAGAAACUCCAAAAUGAUAAUGACAACCUGACUGCAGAGAGGGACAGACUGGAGAUCAGUUAUGAUGUUUUGAGUAAGGAGACUGGACAGUUAAAGAUCAUACUGAGCAACCUCACAAAAGACAAAGAUGAGCUGCAGCACUAUUACAGUUCUUUGAUUACUAAACGAGAUGAGCUGAAGGCCAAUUUCAGCAAUGUGAAAAAUGAGAAGGACCAGUUACAAACAAGUUUCAUCAACUUAAAACAAGAGAGAGAUCAAUUCGAGACAAACUACACUGACAUGCAGAGGAAGCUUGAGGACUUACAGACUAAUCACAAUAAUCUGACCGCAACUGCAGAGCAGCUACAAACCAGCUACAAUAACCUGCAAAGAGAAAAGGAUGCAUUAAGCAUUCUUUUUAAUGCACUGAGAGUAAAAGAAGUCCAGCUAGAAAGCAAUUACACUGUAUUAAAGAGGGAGAAAGACCAGUUACAAAGAAGCUACAAUACUCUGAAUAGAAACAAACAUCAAACUGACCAGAGCUAUAACGCCCUGCGGAAAGAAAAAGAGCAACUUCAGACCAGGUAUAAUACUUUGAGGAAGGAAAAGGAACAGUUACAAACCAACUACAGUCGUUUGGCUACAGCUAGAGAAGAGUUACAAUCGAAAGUCAAAAGGAUGACCACUAAACUAAACGGCAUUCCUUGUCAGGCCCACUGGAGAAGGUUUGACAUAAGCUGUUAUUUUGUCUCAACCUUGAAGAAAAACUGGACAGAAAGCCGAAAAGCCUGCAUCGCUGAAGGUGCAGAUCUACUUGUCAUAGACAGCGCCGAGGAACAGGUUUUUGUCAAUGAAUUACUGGACAAGAGAGAGAGGCAAAAUACUUGGAUUGGCCUCACUGACACACUUAAAGAGGGGGUUUGGACCUGGGUGGAUGGGACCCCUAUUACCAUAGAAUACUGGCAGCCUGGACAGCCUAAUGACUUCAAAAACCAGGACUGUGGAGAAUAUGUUUCAUCUGAUAAAGGAUCAUGGAAUGACGAUGGCUGUUUUGCGGCACAAAAUUAUAUUUGUGAGAAAUAAGAUCAGCAUGACUUACAGUGUUAACAAAACGUGUGGACUGGGGUUCUUAAGUUUAUUAAUAAACAAAAUUCCACAUUUUUGGCUCUGUCAUCAUAAAAAACACCCACACAAGUUCAUUUCAGUUCAGUUUUAUAUAUAUGGCACCAAAUCACAAUGACAGUAGCCUCGAUGUGCUUUAUAUACAGAAUAUCAUAGCGCUAAACAGGGAGACAGACAACCAUGUAGACUUAUGGCCAAUUUACAGUCAUCAGUUAACUGAACUUUUAACUGUGGAAGGACACAUACAGGCAAACGCACACAGAAUAGGUCAGGCAUGUUUAAACUGCAUGGGUUCAUGGUUUUUUAAGAAGUAAAUUCUGAUCAUCAAUUUCACUUCCUUUUUUUAUUUAUCUAGAGCCAACAUCAGAAAUAAUUAUAACUGUGACAUAUAAUAAGAUAGAUGAAUUUAGGACUUCCACUAUUUUGCUGGAAAGUAAAAAUUACUUCCUUAAUUCUUUUUUCCCUUUUUUUUUUGGCAUAGCUGUUGUUCUGUGUGAUUAAUUUACAUACAGUUGGUAUUAGAAUAAUUGUUUUUUUUCUUGAGUUGUUGGUAAACAUUUACAUAUUAAGUGGACUUGGAGUUCAGGGCCAGAAAAGAAGUCAUACACUAUUUUACACUGUUGAUUUUUUACUUAAUUUACAUAGAAAUCAUUAUUAAAAGCAGACUAACAUGUUGUUGUGAUACAUGUUAUGUGUUUAUUGUUAUGAAAUUCUUCUUUGUGUAAAAGCAGAUUUUUUGACUCUUCAAAAGUAUUGUUUGGCUUUUUGCAUAAUGGCAUAUUUGUGAAUAAUUCAUAAAAAAAAUGAUUAAAAAUA